UGACGUCAUCCGUCCUGGCGCGACCCUGCUGCUAUGUCUUUGAUUUGAGGGAAACCCCGUGGAAGAGCGGGAGAGAUCGUCAGCUGUGCGGCCGGGAAUCAGGAGCGACAUCGUUCAUCAUCUCUCAGAAGCCAUGGCAGAGAAGGAAGAGCUCGUGCAAAAGGCCAAACUGGCCGAGCAAGCUGAGCGUUACGACGACAUGGCCGCCGCCAUGAAGGCCGUCACCGAGAAGAGCUCGGAGCUCAACAACGAGGAGCGCAACCUCCUCUCGGUUGCUUACAAGAACGUGGUGGGGGCUCGCAGGUCCUCGUGGAGGGUGGUGUCCAGCAUGGAGCAGAAGUCUGACGACAGCUCAAAGGCGGCGCUGGCCAAGGAUUACAGGGAGAAGAUUGAGACCGAGCUGAACGACAUCUGCAAGGACGUUCUGGAUCUUCUUGACAAGUAUCUGAUCCCCAACACCACAUCUCCUGACAGCAAAGUCUUCUACCUGAAGAUGAAGGGGGAUUACUAUCGCUACCUCGCUGAGGUGGCCACAGGGAAUAACAAGGACUCUAUUAUUGGGAACUCUGAGGACGCCUACCAGAAGGCGUUGGACAUAAGCACUGCAGAAAUGCCGCCCACACAUCCCAUCCGCCUGGGCCUUGCUCUGAACUUCUCCGUCUUUUACUAUGAGAUCGUCAACUCUCCAGAAAAGGCCUGUCAGCUGGCCAAAUCGGCUUUUGACGAGGCCAUCUCCAAGCUCGACUCGCUCAACAACGACUCCUACAAAGACAGCACCCUGAUCAUGCAGCUGCUGCGUGACAACCUGACACUAUGGAUGUCGGACACCCAGGGAGAGGGCGAAGGAGAUGAAACCGAAGUCGCAGCUGAGAAGAACUGAACUCAAAUUGGAAAGAAAGAAAAGCUGUUUUUGUUUUUUUACCUCUCACCAGCCUAAGUUGUGUGUGUGUGUGUGUGGGUGUGGGUGUGGCUGCGUGUGCACAUGCAUUCAGAGACAUGUAUGUCUACACUCUGCUCACAAUGUGUAUGUGCAGAAACAUUAGUGUGCGUGUGUGUGUGUUUGGUAGUUGUACGGCCACUUACAGGGAGAAAAAGUGAGACGUUUUCUGUUUACCAUGACUCAUCAGUUCAUAUUUUCUCUACAAGAGAUCGAUUUCUUCGAUCCGAACCCCCCCCGGCUCUUCAGUACAGAAAGCUGCUUAUAAUCCUGGCCAAACUCGAUAUUUAAUGAAAAUUGAAAGUAAUUGUAGUUUUAUUGGAAUUUGAAUCCCUUCAUUAAAAAAAAGCCCUUUUGACUGAAUUUAACCUGCGAUAGAAGCAAUACUCUGUCACUAGCAGCUUGAUCUUUACAUUUGAAGCCAUCCUCCCCUUCCGUGUCCAGUGUAGCAGGUCUUGUGGACGGUACACCUGAUCCAGUGGUUUUGAGUGCGUUCAGCCAUAGAAAUGUUGUGUGAAAGGCUGCUUUGGUUGAUUUGUUGAGAGGAUUAUUAUUCCACCGUGAAAUAAGAACCUUUUUUGCAGUUUUGCGUACCACUGCGACAGCCGGAGACGAAGCGAACAACUUGACAAAAGGCUCAAUACUGUAACUUUUUUUUGUGUGUGGAUAUUUUCUCUUUUCAGCAGUGCAGACGAUACUUUUCACCAUGUGCUUUUGUGGCUUUCUACUCUUUUUCUAUUUCAGAUGUUUUUGUAAUAUUUUUUUGUGCCCUGUUUGACUCCUCAAAGUGGAUGAGAUUCUCAAUCGUCUGGUGUGAGGGUUGGCAGUCUGUGAUGGGAUGUAACUUUACCCACUCAGCUUAUUUACAAUAACGUAUUGAGAGGAGGUGGUGGAACACAGUGCUGAAUAUAAACUGAUUGUAAAGUAUCAUGGUAGAAAGCUACACAAAAGCCAUUUAGUAGUCACAACUUUGUGCCAGUUUCUUCUGAAAUACAGUUUUGUUCCUUUUUUAAAGAUUCAGGAUUUGCAAGUUACACUGAGUGCGUAAUUUUACCAUGUGGUUGCAUCUAAAUGGAAUUAAAUGAUAAAAAUUGAGUGUGCUGUGCUCUUUCUUUAACUCUACAUUUAAUGCAUCCUGUUUGUGGACAAUGUGGUUAAAAAAUUUUAUUGAAUUAAAAUAUUUGAGGUUGUUUAAAAUAUAUUAAAAAACAAUCCAUUGUGAAAAUUUGAUAACAGUGUAAAAAACUUCUUUUUUUUUUUUAAGGUGCACCGUUUUCAUUCAAAGUGCUGCCCUCUACAGGUGAUGGGUGUUUUUGCAGGGAGUCAUGUAGUUUGAAGAGAUGUUUUUUUACUUCUGACUUUGGCUCAGCCUCAUGCUUGUAAUCCAAGCAUUCACAGUAAAGAUCAACAUCCUAACCCUGAAUGGGAAGUAAGCCUCCAUAUAAGCAUUUGUGUACCAUAAGCUUUCAGUGUGGUCUGAAUAAUAAAAGUCAUCUUCCUCUUUA